AUGGCAAAGGUAGAGAAGAAAAAAUUCACUAAGGAGUACAGACUGAAGGAGAUUCAAAGGAAUCUAACUAAGAAAGCUAGAUUAAAGAAGGAAUACUUGAAAGUCUUAAAGGAUGAAGGGUACAGCAUUCCAGAGAAACCACAAUACGAGAAACAUGAUAGAUCUUCUGUAGAGGCUAAGAAAGCAUUGAAUAAGCAAAAAGUAAGAGAUCAGAGAGAAGAGCAUAAGCUGAGGAAACGUACUCAAAAGGAAAAAGAGCAAUCGUUCAAGGAACAGGAGAUGAAACGAAUCCAGCUAUCGAAGGAAAAACAAGUUGAAAGGGAUAGAAGGGCAAAGAAGCUUACACAAAGGACGAAAAGGGGACAGCCUGUCAUGGGCCCCAAAAUUAAUGAUCUUUUAGAUAAGAUAAACAGUGAUGAGACUUACACCAGGUAG